AUGACGCACCAAGCCGACGCCAAACGCGCGCUCGACGACCGCGGCUACACCGGCCACCUCAUCCACAACGACAACCCGCUCAAGCUCCUCCCCAAGCCCGUGCGGGACCGCAUCACCGACAGCUACUACUGGAAGGAGCAAUGCUUCGGGCUCAACGCGGCCACGCUGCUCGACCGCGCGCUCGAGCUCACCUACAUCGGCGGGACGCACGGCGCGGCGCAGAAGCCCUCUCCCUUCCUCUGCCUGGCCUUCAAGCUGCUGCAGCUCACGCCGGCGAAGGGCAUCAUAUUGUUCUACCUGGGCCUCGCGGGGGAGGAGUUCAAGUAUCUGCGCGCGCUGGCGGCGUUCUACGUCCGCUUGACGUGGGAGGUCGACGAGGAGGUGUACACCACGCUGGAGCCGCUCCUGAGCGAUAAGCGGAAAUUGCGACGCAGGAUGAGGGAGGGCUGGAGGAUCACGUUUGUGGAUGAGUUCGUCGAUGAGCUGCUGAUGGGCAGUCGGGUCUGUGCGACGCCGUUGCCCAAGAUUCAUCCUAGAGCCUUUUUGGAGGAUGAGGAUCGGCUUGAGGAGAGGGUUAGUGCGCUAGGGGAGGAAUUAGAUGAGUUGGAUCGGGGGGGAGAUGGUGAUGAUGAGGAGGAAGGAAGGUUGGGCAGUGGCAGCGAUGAGGGCGAAGUGGAGGAGAUUCAUGUGAGGGAUUUGGAGAUCAGGAAUGGAUUUCGUAGGGGAUCGGGGAGUUCGCGGGAGGAGGGAUCUGAAGACGCGCGGCGAGGCAGCAACAACGACGAGAUGGACGACGGAGAUUGA